AUGAGGGUGGCAGUGGGCAUGCUCUGGCUCCUGGCCCUCUGGGGGCACCCCCCAGCCCACGGCUCCUGCCCCUCUCAAUGCAGCUGCAGCCUCCACGUCCUGGGUGAUGGCAGCAAGGCCAGGACGGUGGUGUGCAGCGACCCCGACAUGACCCUGCCCCCCGCGUCCGUCCCUCCGGACACCUCUAGACUGCGCCUGGAGCGGACGGCCAUUCGCAAGGUGCCCGGAGAGGCCUUCAGGCCGCUGGGCCGCCUGGAGCAGCUGUGGCUGCCCUACAACGCCCUCAGCGAGCUCAGCGGCCUCAUGCUGAGGGGCCUGCGCCGCCUGCGUGAGCUGCGCCUGCCCGGGAACCGCUUGGCCGCCUUCCCCUGGGCGGCGCUCAGGGACGCCCCCCAGCUGCGGCUGCUGGACCUGCAGGCCAACCGCCUUUCAGCCGUGCCGCCCGAGGCCGCGCGCUUCCUGGGGAAUCUCACCUUCCUCGACCUCUCCAGCAACCAGCUGCUGAGGCUCCCGCAGGAGCUGCUGGCCACCUGGGCUCACCUGCAGACCGGGCCCUUCCUUCCCGGCCACCACACCAGGCUGGUGCUAGGGCUGCAGGACAACCCCUGGGUAUGUGACUGCCGCCUCUAUGACCUAGCCCGUUUCCUGGAAGGCUGGGCCCCAAACCUGGCUUUCAUAGAGGCCAGGCUGAAGUGUGCCAGCCCGCGCAGCCUGGCCGGAGUGGCCCUCAGCCAGCUGGAACUGAGGAAGUGCCAGAGUCCGGAGAUCCGUCCAGGGGUAGCCAGCCUCAGGUCCCCUCUGGGCAGUUCAGUAUUGCUACGUUGUGGGGCCACCGGGGUCCCUGGGCCGGAGAUGAGCUGGAGGAGAGCCAACGGGUAUCCGCUCAACGGCACAGUGCAUCAGGAAGUUGCCAGCGAUGGCACGAGUUGGACGCUGCUGGGCCUGCCUGCUGUGUCCCACCUUGACUCAGGAGACUACAUCUGCCAGGCCAAGAACUUCCUGGGAGUCUCUGAGACUGUCAUCUCCCUGGCCGUCACUGAGCCCCAAGCUUUCACAGAACACGGUGGGAGCCCAGGGGCACUGUGGGCAAGGACAGGUGAGGGGGCGGAAGCUGCCGCGUACAACAAGAUGGUGGCCAGGCAUGUCCCUGACAUUCCUGGACCUGCUGUCCUGGCCACUGGGCCCCCUGUGUCCAACAUGAAGGAGGAGCUGACCCUCCAGCACUUCCAGAUGGGGAUCCCAGGAGAACGCUUGAACGGGCAGGCGGGACGCCAGGAGACCCAGAUGGUGAGGUCUCUCAAGGUGGUGGGAGACACUUACCAGAGUGUGACCUUGGUGUGGAAGGCCCCCCAGGCUGGGAGCAUAACUACCUUCAGUGUCCUCUAUGCUGUCUUUGGGCAGCGCAGCAUGCGGAGGGUGGUUGUGCCGCCUGGAAAGACCAGCAUCACCAUCCGUGGGCUGGUGCCCAAGACCAAGUACGUGGCGUGUGUCUGUGUGCGGGACCUGGUGCCCCAGAAGGAGCAGUGUGUCAUCUUCUCCACGGACGAGGUGGUAGACGCCGAGGCCACCCAGCGGCUCAUCAAUGUGGUGGUGAUCAGCGUGGCUGUUGUCAUCGCCCUGCCCCUCACCCUGCUUGUCUGCUGCGGUGCUCUGCGAAGGCGCUGCCGGAAGUGCCGUUCUGGGGGCUCCGCCGAGGCCUACGUCAACCUGGAGAGGCUGGGCCACAGCGAGGAUGGCUCUGAGGAGCUGUCCCAGCACAGCCUCAGUGAGGCCGACAGGCUCCUCUCGGCCCGUUCCAGCCUGGACUCUCAGGUCUUGGUGGGCAGGGGGGGCAGACGGAUCAAUGAGUACUUCUGCUGA